AGAUACACAGCUGCAGAUAGCAGUGAAACAUUUGAUGGGGUUGUCAAGGAAAACAUAGAGGAGUUUGAUCUCUCACCAAAAGAAGCUGUCAGAGAUGCUGUGAAACAAUUUGAAUCACAGGGUGUCAACUUGUCAAAUAUAGUUAAAGAUUAUGCCACCAGGAGUGCUGGAGAUGGCUCGGGGAUGCAUAAAGUCGUGGAAGCCCUUGAGAAACUCGCAACACUUAUGCAAGAAGAUGACCCUGAUAAGGAACAACUUCUUCAACAAUUGGCAAUAGUUCAAGCAGAAUGCGAAGUUGAUAUUGCACACCGAGUACUUGCAUCAUCAAACAAAGCCUACAGUAUAUUAUUCCAAGCUACGGAAAAGUAUCUCAAAAAUGAUGAUAUGCUCGAGAAUAUUUUGAAGACUUUCGCAGCUCUCAUUAACGGACAGCCAGAUUUGCUAGAUUACCCAGGGAUCAAAUUAUUCAUGGAUCUCCUGAAGGAAGCAAGAUCGUCAAGAAUCUUAUUUUUAAGCAUCAAAAUCAUCGCUCUUUGUUGUGUUAUGCAUGAAGAUAAUCGCCAAUGGUUCGUUAAUUCUGGUCUUAUUCCGCUGAUGGUCAACACAUUAGAUAAAAAUAGAUCCGACCCAGAGAUUGUAAAAGAGGCGUGUUUUUCUCUCAGAGCACUUACAUUUGAUGAUGACAUCAGAGCACAGUUUGGAAAGUCACAUGACCAUGCCAAGAUGAUUGUCACGGAAACUGAUGCUUUGAAGAUACUAAUGAAUAUAUGUCAAGACUACAGUAGUAACAAGGGGGUCCUGACUGAAAUAUUUUCUACGUUAGCAAAACUUGCUGUGCGAAAUGAAUUCUGUCAAGAAAUAAUGGACCUAGGAGGAAUGUCCUUAAUCGUUAAUGCUCUCCAUAGCUGUAUGGAGCACCAAGGUGUCACAAAGCAGGGAAUUGGUGUGUUAAAGACAAUAGGAGGCAAUGACAAUGUUAGAGACGCAAUCGUUGACAAUGGAGGUGUGGAGCUGAUUUUGACUGCAAUGUCUAAACAUGCCAACAACCCAGGGGUUUGUGAAAUAGGAUGCUCUGCCCUUGCAACACUUGCUUUGAGAAGUAACAAAAAUUGUGCGAAGAUUGUCGAGAAUAUGGGGAUACAAGUGAUCAUUCAGACAAUGAAGAUACAGAAGGAUUCACCAAAAGUACAGGCCAAAGCCUGUAUGGCUCUUCGCAACCUAGUCUCCAGAACAAAAGACUACAUUCCACUAAUACUAGAACAAGGGGCUGAAGAUUUGAUAAAUCAGGCAAAGAAUAGUGACGAGAAAUGUCACGAUGAAGCUAAAGCAGCAUUAAGAGAUCUUGGUUGUAAGGUUGAUUUGAAGACACCGUGGAUGGGAACGGGCAUAGCAUUAAAAGUUGACUGAAGCUUAAAGGGCCUGCGUGAACAAUCAAAUUACUUUGAAUAUAACAUGGAUCCUUAAAUCUUAUAAUUAGCCAGCAAGGAGGGUGUAUGAUAUGUACCUAUAAUUAAUCCCGAUACUUAAAUAUCUUGAUAAAAAAGUAGCGAC